AUGACUCACAAAGGAACCCUAUUUCAGACACUCGGGCCCAACUCUUCAUGCACGCAUAAACGCGAUGGCGUAAAACCUAAAUUACAAUGGUUAAUUCUUAAACAGACCAAUCGAAUCUUUCCAUGGAUGACUGAAGGAAAGAUCGUAUCAUAUACACUGGAUCAUGAGCUUACUGCAUCUCUCACUACCUAUGUACAUGCAGGGUGCUGUAGCUGUGUAUCAGCUUUUAAACCACGCUGGAAGAGACUGGUUGAUAACAUAUUCCCUGAUGAUCCGCAGGAUGGCUUGAUAAAGAACAAUAUGGAGAAGCUGACAUUCUACGCACUGUCAUCACCUGAGAAAUUGGAUCGUAUUGGUGAUUAUCUCGCUAAGAAACUGAGCCGUGAUGUGUCAAGACAUAAAUUUGGAUAUGUGUUUAUUUCCAUGGAAGCAUUAGAUCAGCUGUUAUUGGCAUGUCAUUCUCAAAGUCUAAACUUGUUUGUGGAAAGUUUUCUUAAAAUGGUUCAAAAACUUCUUGAGUCUAAUGAACCUGAACUACAGGUUUCAGGAACUAGUUCUUUUGUGAAAUUUGCAAACAUUGAAGAGGAUACAGCAUCAUAUCAUAGGCGAUAUGAUUUUUUUGUGUCAAAGUUCAGUUCCAUGUGCCAUAGUAGCAAUGCUGGUACAAACACUAAGAUUAAAAUUCGGUUAGCUGGACUACGCGGCUUACAGGGUGUUGUUAGGAAAACUGUAUCUGAUGAUUUGCAGGUCAAUAUUUGGGAACAACAACAUAUGGAUAAAAUAAUACCCUCAUUAUUAUUCAAUAUGCAUAAUGAACCAAGCAGUACAACAUCAAGUCAACAAGAUCAACAGAAUAUUCAAAUUGAUGAACAUCCGAGCACUGUGGCGGAAACAUGUCUUCGUGAUCUCACUUGUAGAGCUGCAUUUGGAAAUAUUAAAUCAGUUGUCAACCCAGUCUUGAAUCACUUAGAUAACCAUAAUUUAUGGGUUCCCAGUAAAUUUGCUGUUAGAUGCUUCAAGAUCAUCAUGUAUUCAAUUCAGGCUCAAUAUUCCUAUGUAGCAGUUCACAUGUUACUAAAUCAUUUAGAUGAUAACACCAAGAAUUCACCACAGAUGAAACAAAGCAUAGUAGAAGUUUUAGGAGAGUGUGUAACUAUUGCUGCUGAUGGUUCCAUUGGCCCUUCUGUACUGGAAGUGUUUAAUACACUAUUGAGACAUCUCAGGCUGUCUGUGGAUACUAGAGUCUCUGAACGAAGUGCUCUCAAAGCUUCUAUCAAGAAAAGAAUCAGUCAUUUCGAUGAACAACAACAAACUAUGUUUGAAGAAGCCAUAAUCAACACCAUGGGUACGUUUGCUGCUAUUUUACCUGACUAUCAAAAGAUUGAAAUUAUGAUGUUUAUUAUGGGAAAGAUUCCGUUACCAACGCGGUAUGAACAUUCUGAUGCAACCUAUCCAAUGCCUUCAGUUAAUGGUGAAGGAGAUUUACUUCUACAAAACAUGCUGCUGAAAAGUUUAUUUGAAGUUGGUACUAAGUACACAACUGUUUCCAUGUCAACCACUUUCUCAAUAUCAUUUUUGGAGCCAUUACUAGCAAUAUCAGUGGCGCCUGAUCCAGGAGUUAGGUUACUUGUACAACGUAUAUUUCACACAUUGAUUGAUCGACAUGAUAACUAUCAUAAACUAAAUGUCAACAACUUAUCCAAAGAUAUCAGUGAAUUGGAACUGAGGGUGGAAAAAUGUUCCAGACAAGACAUUCUGUUCAUGAAGAGGUAUGGAGCUCAGAUAUAUUGGCAUAUGUAUGAAAACAUGAACCAGUCGGAUAACAGACUAGAUAAUUAUGAAGCUUUAUACUGUACAUUGGCUCUAUUGUGUAUUGAAUUUGGUGGUGAUGAAAUAUUGAUGGAGUUAGUCAGAUUAACACUAGCAUUGCAGGAAUUGGCUUGUAAAACAGACGGUAAAUUAUCACCUAUUCAUCAAUGUGUGAUACAUGCUGUUGUAUCAAGUUAUCUAAAUUUAAUCAGUCAACUAACGGCAAUACCAGCAUUCUGUCAACAUAUUCAUCAGGUGAUUGAAGAACGUAAACAACAUGCUGCAUAUCUACUACCUGAGUUCAUCUUCAGUGACACAAUUGUGGAUUCCAGCUAUCCAACUACUGUUCAUGUUGAAGACAAUUUGUUAUUCCAACAAAGUGUCAUAAGUGAAGCAUUACACAGUACUGGUCAUGAUGUCUCUAGAUUAGCUGUACCUUAUGUACAUAGACCAUCAGGACUUGAAUAUCGUCAACAGACAGAACUGGAUGCUACAUCUCUCAAUCUAGAAGUGGAGUCUGUCAAUUCUUCCCCAGGAGGUGUACGGAAACAUCCUGAAGAACAGAUUACAUUUGAGUCACUAAAGAGGGCGCUACAGUCUCCAGAUAAUGAAGAAGACUUAGAGGAACAAGAAAAAGAAAAAAGACAAGAAAUAUUGGAGACAUUCAAAUCUAGUACUUUAGAUGAAAUUGCAGCUAUUUCUGAACAUAGGUCACAAAAAAUGCAGAUAAGGUUGAAUGAAAUCCUCGACAAAUUAAGCAGACCAAGGUCACGAUCAAGUACACCACCACGCAGUCCACAAUUAUCGCUUUCUUCAUUACCCUCACCACCAUUGAAAUCAGUACCACUUUAUGAAAUGAAAUUUCCUGAGCUCCUUGUGUUUUAGCAUCUCAAUAGCUGGCUUAAUCAAUAAGUUCCACAGAUGAUGAAAACAACAAUGUGGGAUAUAAUUGGUGUCGUGAUUUUAUUAAUGAAGAUAACAAUGAUAUCAAAUAUGAUUGGAUUAUUCCCAGCCUCUCUGUAGUCUAUUUAUCUGAUGACAUUCCCUUGAUUAUUUCUGAAAACAACACUGAUAAUGAUACAUUUUUCUAAAUAACUAUGGAAUUGUAUUUCCUAGAUGUUAAUUGGUGCAAUACUUCUGUAAUCAUGGUGGCCUUGACAAUAAUACAAACUGUUGCCACACAUGUACUGUGUCUGAGAAUUUAAAACAUUUUAACUGAACGUUUUAGGAUUUUUUUUUUAUAACUACAAUAUUUUAGAUUAAUGUUCAUCGGGUAAUGGAUUCAGACACUUUAUCUUACCAAUUCAGUGUUACUUGUUUAGAUAUAGUCGCUUACUUCUAAUCAUUGAUGCUAUUGUUGUCACAGGAAGUCAUGUGUUGCAUACGUAUACAAAUUUGAAUUAAAGCGGGGGAGUCGUCACCUGCACAUGCAUCAGAUAGCCAUAGCGUGUCAUUGUUUAUAAACAAGCAUCUACCCAUGAGCCUUUGUAUUUUUAGCGUGUGUUGUUAUCGUCGAUUGGGACUCAAUUCCUGGGUAUGCGGAAGUGUCGACCCUUCCGCUUUAAGUUCAACAUGAUGCAUGAUUGAAAUAAAUGAAUCAGAUACUUUUCAUGCAUCACUAAAAAAUAGAAAUUGUCUUGCAUACCUAGUGAUUUGGGGAUAGGUGUAAUUAUUUAUCAGUUCAUGUACAACUAAAAAUAAUAUAUAAAUUAAAUUGUGAGAGUCCAAGGAUUGUGUGUGUGUGAAAGCUGGCUGCUAUCCUGGGAUGAGUGCUUUAAUUAUUUUAUUUGAAUAUUUCAAUAUAUUGUUGUAUAUUUUCUUGGUAUAUGUUAUUUAAUAUAUGGAGCAGAAUUAAAAUGCAAGAUGAACGGCCAUUAUGUUUUCCAAA